AUGUCCCAGUCCACAACGAUGAAUCCCUGGGAAUCAUGUGCACUAGAGUACCGAUUCACACCGAACGGCAAGACGAGAGAGGCCCAAGUUGCACAAUGUACCCAAAAAUCCGACGUCUCUGAUCCCUUGAUCUACCCCGGACUCUACGCCCCAAGCGGUCUGGACGUCAUGACAGUGCUUUUUCGCAUCUUUGCCAGGCCCAACCCACAAAUCGACUUAGGUCCCAUCGACUGUUCCGUCGCACUCCUCGUCUGUGACCUGGCACUGCCUGACGCGCCCAUCGUCUACGCCUCGGACCCGUUCAUGGAGAUGACGGGCUAUAGGAUGAACGACAUCCGGGGGAAGAAUUGCCGGUUUCUACAGGCCCCUGGGGGCAACGUCAAACCACGCUCAACUCGCAAGUACAUCGACCAAAGGACGAUCCUAGGAAUGCGCGAGGCUGUAAAGGCCAACAAAGAGCACCAGACCGAGAUUACGAAUUUCAAGAAGGACGGCAGACCAUUCGUCAAUAUCCUCACGAUCAUUCCCAUCCAGUGGGAUACCCAAGAAUUUCGAUAUUCGGUUGGCUUCCAGCAUCAAAAAGAAUGA